AUGGCGGCGCCGCGCGCAACCACCACCACCAUCACCGCCCGGCCCCUGUCCGCCGUCCUCCCGCCUCUAGUCCUCGGCACCGCAACCUUCAAUUACCAAUAUGUCUCGGAUCCCUCGCGCAUGCCCUCCGUCGACAUCGUCGCCCGCGCCCUUUCCCUCGGCGUAAACGCCUUCGACACCUCCCCCUACUAUGGCCCCUCCGAGACCAUCCUGGGCGCCGCCCUGCGCACCCUCUCCCCUCCCCGCGACUCGUACUUCCUCGUCACAAAGGCCGGCCGCAUUGCCCCCACCGAGUUCGAUUACUCCCCGCCUUGGAUCCGCGCCUCUGUCCUCCGCAGCCUCGAGCGUCUCAAUACCACCUACCUAGAUCUAGUCUAUACCCACGACGCCGAGUUCGUCUCCCCCGACCAGGUCGUAGCCGCCGUGCGUGAGCUGCGUCGUCUCCGCGACGAGGGACUCGUCCGCUACGUCGGUAUCUGCGGCUAUCCCGUCCCGGUGCUCUGUGAGCUCGCCGAAAAGAUCCUCCGCGAAACAGGCGAACCCGUCGACGCCGUCCAGUCCUUUUCGCACUUUUGCAUCCAGAACAACACCCUCGGCAGCGAUAAGAUCCUCGCGCAACUACGAGAUGCCGGCGUCGGUGUCGUGACCAACGCGAGCAUGCUGAGCAUGGGUCUUCUCACGACCCGCGGCGUCGAUGACGGUCCCAUGGCGAGUUGGCAUCCGGCUCCAAGCCCCUUGCGCAAGCUAUGCAAGAGUCUUGUUGGGAUCGCCGAGGGCGCGGGAGAGAAGAUGGAAGAGCUCGCGCUGUACUGGGCCAUGGCAAACUGGGCGCGCAUUGGAGGCGCCUUUGGAACCGAGCUCCUGCCGCCCACGUACAAUGGACCCGCCAAGGUCGGUGUCAGCGUCAUGGGUGUAACAUGUGUGUCCGAACUGGAGGAAACGUUCCUUGCCUGGCAGGGCAUGAUGCGCGAACUCGCGGCCGAGAGUGAUACGCCAAAUUCCGCUGACGCCCCGGCCAGUCGGCGUGACAAGAUCCAGCGAUUGGUCACGGAACAAAUGUGGCCGGCCUUGGGCGAAUGGCGGAAUUACAGCUGGGCCAGUCCUAGUGAGGAUUUUGUUAACCAGCCAUCCGUCGCCGCCAUCGAUGCUGCGCUUCCUGCUGUCGCUGCCGUGCCACAUUUGUAA